AUGUCUCUUCAGGAGCCUAGUGACCGAGAGCGCCGCAUGUACUAUCACGGCCUGCCAAGCCGCCCAAGACUUGUCGCCCGCUCCAGUACCGUGCCCUGGUCUCAACCUCGCGAGUGGCCAGAGCGCAAGAAGCUGGACGUUGCUACUGGACACAAGAUUCAGCAACUGUGGAACGACCCGCAAGGAUCCCUCCGACAGCUCAUGAUCGGCACCCUCAGCGGCGUCUGCUGGACCGCCAUUGAUAUCUUGCGCGUUGGUUACGAGAGCGCAUACGAGAAUACCGACCGAUCAUCAGAGUGCCCAGUCACGAUGCUUAUUUCUGUACCUCAAGACUCGAUUUCGUUCCGACAGGCAGAAGCAGCCAUUAUCGCGUGCAAGGAUAUUCUUAUCCAGUUCGGCCUCGAUGACAUCCAAGUCGAGAUGAAGGAAAGCAUCGUCACGAUCGCUGCGACCAGUCCAGUUACCUCAAACCCUACAGCUGAACAUGUAGCUCGACGCCUCCGCCCUGGGCCUUUCACCAACGAUUUCGGCGACUUGAAGUACAAGACCAUUCGCGAUAUGUCUGAGUACGUGGGAACUUCCAUCGGUGCAUCUCAAGCGCCUCCCGGAAAAGAGAAAGACGGCACAAAGUGCGUCUAUCUGCAUGGCAACAAUGGCAAGACGUACGCGCUCACAUGCCGUCAUGUUUUGUUUCUCGAUGAUGAUUGCGAAGAGUAUCGCUACCCAGGCAGACACAACAGUGUUGCCAAAGAUGUCAUUCAGCCAGGAAAGAACACUCGCAGACGGGUGCUGGAUUCUUUCACGAGCAGAAAGAAUGGGCUCGAUAUGAGCGUCGAUCUUACUGCGAAGCCCUCCUAUGACAACCCAGCAUUCAAGGCGGCGCGCCCGAGCUUCUUACUGAAGCAAACCGUGAUGCAAUCAUGUGAGGCGCCCAUUGGUGAGCUAAAGAAGGAAGGCAGUGUUGUUCUUGGUCGUGUCGAGUUCUCGCCUCCUAUGGAGCUUUGCUCGCAAGGUCUCAAACUCAGAGAUUGGGCGCUUGUCGAGCUGUCACAGGACAGUUUUACCACUAAUCUCGGCCAACUAAGAAACAAGGUUCCAGUCACACGAAAGCUGCAAGAUAUGCUGACUGACAUCUUGGGACCCAUGACCAAGAGUGGGCGGUCGUUAGAUUUUGAUGAUUCUCUCGAAGUGGCAAUUGGACCUCACAUCAUCCCUGAGAGUGAUGUGGAGGAUGCGACACCCAGAAAUCUACGUGGCGACAAGGGCCUCGUCGUCAUGAAACAUGGCCUCAAAACUGGAUUCACUAUCGGACUUGCCAAUGGGAUUCACUCUGUCAUUCGCCACGCCUCUGGCGUCGCUGGGGAUGUCAUCUCUAGUGAAUGGUGUAUUAUUGGAAUUGAUGCCAAGGCAUUCUCUGACACAGGAGACUCAGGGGCUUGUGUCUUUGACCUGGAGGGCCGGAUUGGCGGCAUGAUCACUGCUGGAUUGGAGGCUAGUCACAAUCCCCUUGGCGAGCACGACGUCACCUACGCUACGCCUAUGCAGUGGCUUUUGGAUGACAUCAAACAGCAAGGCUACAGUGUCAAGCUGCCUAACUAG